AUGCUAACAAGUUUAGGUUACAUUGGAGAAUUCGAAUACAUUGAUGACCAUAGGUCGGGAAAAAUAGUGAUACAACUGACUGGCAGACUGAACAAAUGUGGCGUAAUCAGCCCAAGAUACAACGUCAAGAUCAACGACAUCGAAAAAUGGACUGACAGCUUGCUUCCAGCCAGACAAUUCGGCUAUGUCAUUCUCACAACUUCCGCCGGUAUUAUGGACCACGACGAAGCAAAGAGAAAACACGUUGCUGGCAAGAUUCUGGGUUUUGUGUAUUAG